AUGCCUACCUUUGCUGCUUUUACACUCUCUGGCUCCAGCAACUUUCCCUUCAUCGGCCAAGUCUCACCAGAUCGGACAACGAUACAACCGAUCACUUUGCCCGGACAAUCCUCGGUGCUCAAUGAUCUAACUGUCCUCAUUCUUCUAUGGGACACUGUCAAAGAUGAACUCGAGCUUGGUGAGGCGUUGUCUCUCCAAGACGUGGAGCUCAAUGCGCCGUUGCCCUAUCGAGACGUACUUUGCGUAGGCAAGAACUAUCGGGAGCACGCAGCUAUUGCCAUGCCUUCGCACCCAGUGAUAUUUACGAAGCGAUACACCUCAAUCAUAGGUCCAUAUGAUGACAUUUAUGCACAUCCACAAGCAACCCAUACGCUGGAUUAUGAGGGUGAACUGGGCGUUAUCUUCGGCAAAGCCGGGCUUGGCAUCAAGAAAGAUGAAGUUGAUCUCAAUGGAAAGGGUGGGUGGAUCUGGGGCUACACGGUUGUGAAUGAUGUGACUGCUCGCGAGCUGCAACGUGAUCAUAAACAGUUCUUCAUUGGGAAGAGUUUGGACACCUUCUUCCCUCAAGGACCAUUCGUCAUUACCGCAGACAUGCUCCCUCCGCCCCAUCUUGUGGAGAUUUUCACUAGGGUCAAUGGUGGAUUUCGUCAGAGGGCUACACUUGAUCAGCUGAUCUUCGACAUUCCAACUCUGGUCGAGACCAUCAGCAAAGGAAUCACAAUUCAACCGGGAGAUCUAUUAGCGACCGGUACCCCCGCUGGUGUUGGCUUCGGACUCAAUCCUCCGACCUUCCUCCGGCCUGGUGAUGAAGUGGAUGUAGCCAUCACUGGCAUCGGCGUACUGAGGAAUAAAGUAAUGACGAUAGACAAGAGGCCAGCCAAGCCUCAUCCUUCGAUCCUCGCUGCGUCCGUUCUUCGGGGCAAUAGCAAUUGCGGUUUGACGAGGAUGCGGAGCGGCAAAGAUUUGUACGUGGAGAAAAUGGGAACCGGUCCUCCUAUUUUGUUCAUUCAUGGGCUGGGCGGCACCGUCAAUUUCUACUCUCCUAUCGCCAACGAACUCGCCAAGACGAAUACACUGAUCCGCUACGACGCAGAAGAGGAUGCAUCCGAUGUCCUCGAAUCCCAGUCCAUCAAAGGACCAGUGCCUGUUGUUUCCCACUCCAUGGGAACGCUCGUUGCUGCACAUCUCGCCGCCAGACACCCGAGCCUCAUCUCGUCCCUCAUAAUGCUGGGGCCAGUCAAAGCAAUUCCUGAACCAGCCAGGACUGCAACUUUCGGACGAGCGAAGACGGUUCGUGCGAAGGGUAUGGGCGCAGUUGCUGAUACGAUCGUCGCCAAUGCGACUGCGCCUUACAGUUCACCUCUGGUCACCAGCUUUGCAAGGGAGAUGUUGACAGCACAGAACGCCGAAGGGUACGCAAGACAUUGCGAGGCGCUUGCGACAGGGGAGAAUCCGGACUGGGUGAUGCUGCGAGGCAAACCAAUUUUGUGCAUCGCCGGAGUCGCGGACAAAGUCAGUCCUGUUGCGAUGAGCGACGGGUAUGCCGAGUUGGUCGGGCACGCUGCAAAUGUCAAGGUCGUUCAAAUUGAAGACUGUGGGCACUGGCAUUGCCUAGAGAAGCCUGAAGCAGUCGUGAAAGCCAUUAAACAGUUUAUUUAA